CUUUAAUAUUUUUUUUAACAUAAUGUCACCUCAGGGGCUCUGAAGUAUCGGGUGCUUAAAGGGUUGUCCCAAUUCUCUGUUCUAAGGGGAAGGGGUACAAAAAUGGAAAUGGGAUGGGGUCAGAGUCAGCCCUCUUAGAGUUCAGAGUGAAGCGGUGUGUGGUGAGCGGAGCUGCAGUACCAACACUCCCCGAGCAGGGGGUAAUGUUGAGCCGCGAGCCCCAGCUGUUCAGGCGGUUAUGAUGUAAAAGCAGCUCCUUUUGCCGCGGUCCUCCAUUCACACACAGCACCACGCCGCCGGAGCCCAACACUGUUUACCGCUCUACAGCGAGAGCAAUGGACUUUACUCUGCGGGCCGCGACUCUCGAGGACUGUAAGGACAUCGCGCGGAUGAUCACGGAACUGGCCGAGUAUGAGAAAGUGUCAGACCAUGUGAAGAUUACACAGAAAGACCUGGAGCAGGAUGGCUUUACUAAAAACCCUUUUUUCCAUGGAAUAAUCGCUGAGGUUCCUGAGCAGCACAGGAGUAAAGAUGGUCAUACUAAAGUGGGCUAUGCCCUGUAUUUCUACACAUACAGCUCUUGGAAAGGUCGAGCUGUGUAUAUGGAAGAUUUGUAUGUGAUGCCAGAGUUCAGAGCAAAAGGCAUUGGCAAGGCACUGAUGAGCAAAGUGGCACAGCUGGGACUGGCUGCCGGUUGCACUCAGCUAAACUUUGCCGUGCUGAAUUGGAACAAGCCCUCCCUAAAUUUCUACCUGAGUCAAGGCUGCUUUGACGUGACAUCGGACAUGGGCUACCACUGCAUGCGCUGUGAGGGGGACGCCCUAGAACAUUUGGCCCAGGGAUAACCUUAACAAUUACGGGUACAGCCAAUCCCUACUGCCCUACCCAGAAAUAAUAAGCUACAGGUUAUGGUCCAACACAGGGAAACAACAAAUAACCACUCAAGAAACAAAACUGUACAAUAAUUAGUGUGUGUGAGUAUGUGAUUUAUCCUGAGGCACAUUUAUGGUUUUAUCCAUGAUGUGUCUGUUUUUCAGGUGUUGAUGACAACCAAAGAUAGAAGUUAAUUUUAUAGUGUACUGUUGUACAACAUGAUGUACUGUUACAUGUUUGUUUCCAUUUAUAUGUUGACUGGAUGAAAAAAGGAUGCUGUCCAUGUGGUCAUGUUUAACAUUUUUAGAUGUUUACAGAAUACAAUAUGAUAUUGGUGCUUGAUGUUUGCACUGUUAUUAAGUCUAAAAUCCAUGUCCAUAACUGUCCUCUUGUAGUUAGGGUGGUAGAUAAAUAGCACAAUUGAUAUAUUGAUAGUUUUUUGAAGAUUUAAAGAUUUGCGCUUGGAUUUAUCACAAUAGGUCAGAAAUAGUUUACAGUGUAGAGAAUUCAUAGAAAGAUUGAGAAAUUAAUACAAAAAGCCCCUUUAGUAUUUAUUAUAUAUUUUUUAACUGAAAAUUGUUCUUAUAUUGACUUUAAGUUAACUGUUGAGCCUCAGUUACAUUAUGUGUAGGGAACAGGGGCCAGCAGAGUUCAGCACAUUUUGGUGAGUUCUGUUCCAAAAUACCACACAUGGGUGUGGUAGUGGGGGGAAAAGUGGACCUGACUACCCAGGGCCCGAGUAGGGAGAAGGGCCCAUGAAAAUCCAGAUUUUUUUUUCGCUCACCUUCCUUGUAUACUGGCAUGGAUAGUGGCCCACUGACAUUGAGAGUGUACAGGGCCCAGCAUUUGCUGCUACACCCCUGAUACCACAUAAUCUAAAACCUGGCAGAUAAUUGAAUUCAAUUGAAUCAACACUAAAGCGGUGAUCAGAUCUAUUUAUAUCUGUUUGUGUAGAUGGGGCCACGAUUGCACUGUGCACUGUUUAUCUUUCCUCUUAGAAGAUGUUCAAGAUGUUCUUCACGGACAGUAAAGCUUGUUAAGCAAGAUAGCACUGUUUUAUUUUAGUGGAGCCUGCCAAGUAGUGCGCUGGGACAAGAGCCUGGCGCUGUUUCAGCUGCAGCGUGUAUGCAGUUAUUGUACAAGUUACAGCUUGACAUUGUGUGUGAAGACCACAGUUCGUGUCUCUUGCACUUUGCGGUUCAGUAGUUCAUUUUGGUUUGGUAAUUUCGUAUUUCUAUAUAAAUACCGAAACAGAUUGACUACAGUCUGUAAUUUUAGAACUACACAGUGUUCCGAAGUGGGAAGUGGAGCAGCUGAAAUGAACAAUGGAAAAGUGUAGAAUCAUUUUAAUCAUUUUAAUGAUUUGGCUAGUCUGUGUUUGCAUAUAAAAUGGUGUGUGUGUAUGUAUGUGGAUUUGUAUGUUGCUGCCUUGGAAAAACCUUGUAUGUCCAUGCUGGAUUUUUGCAUUAAUUAUAAUCUCACAGUUGUUCUUUCCAUUGGAAUGGACCAAUAGAAACGCUCAAAAAGCACUGAAUAACAGUUUGCAUUGAAUGCAAUUCAUUUAAAGACAUUCAUUUGAAAAUGUCCGUGGAAAUAAUUGAAAAAGUGUUUCUAUUGAUUUGGGACUUUGUUUGGGACUUUGAUCCUGUAAAGUUUGGAGAUUCAAGGUUAAUUCUGUGGCAACAAAUCUUUAGUGUAAAUCACCUUUUGCUGUGAUGACAAAUUUGCACACUCAUUCUCACUCUCUGUCAAUUUAAGAGGUAAAAGCUGGCAGACUGCUUUAUCUACAUGUACAGUCUACAUUGAAGAAAAUAAUAAACAACAUCACCUGAAUGAGAAGGUGAAACCAAUACUGUAUACACUUUGUAGAAUGUUACUGAAUAGUGAAAGUCUUUUAAACAUGUCAGUGCUGUAUGAAUUCUUCUGUGGAUGACCACAAUAAACGAUACACCUCCGCUGUUGUGGUGACCUGUAACCCUA